GAAGGGACACCUCUUCUUUGUGUCGGCUUCGAGCGGCGGUGCGAGAACUCAGGCAGCCAACGAGCCGAGGAUGGGCAAGAAAGGUCGCCUCGCAGGCGCAGCCGUGGGACGAAGAACGAUCCUGCAACUUUCCCCUCCCGGUAACCGCGGUGCGAAUGUCGGAGAAAGGGAAGAAGCGCCUUCGGGAUCCGAUGAUGAACAGGAUGGAGAUGGACACAGAUUUGGAAGACGAACGAACCCAAACGCGCCAACAGUGAAGGCCACCCAGGGUCUGACCCUCCUUGGAGCCUAUGAGGACAGUGAGGAAGAAGAUGCUGGAGAUUCUCAACGUUCAGCUGCAAAUUCUCAACACAACCAGCCAGCUGACAUUGACAGCACUUUGGCCAAUUUCAUGGCUGAAAUUGAUGCCAUCACAACUCAGCCAAGCUCCGAAGAGGCAGCAGCUCCGCCUGCUUCUGUGCCGCCUAAACCUGAAGCUAAAGCACAGCCGUCAGCAACCGAUGAUGGACAUCAGCAGCAGAGUGGAGACUUUGAAUACGAUACGCAGAACUCACUGGCUGGAGUGGGAGUUGAGAUGGGAGACUGGCAGGAGGUUUGGGACGAGAACUCUGGCUGCUAUUAUUACUGGAACACUCUGACCAACGAGGUUUCCUGGGAGCUGCCACAUUAUCUCGCCGAUCAGGUGCAAAGCCUGGGACAAUAUUCCAACAGUGUCAACGGCAAAGGCACGGCACAUACAGCAUACGUGGCUUCGACAGCAACCCCCCCAGCGGUGAAAGAGACCAAAACAAAGGAGGUCAUGGAGAGCGUGGUGGCCCUCACAAAUGAGGAGGAAGAGCACAAAGGAGUGGCUGCGUCUCUUCUGGCUCCUCUGAUCCCGUCGGAAGUCAAAGAAGCAGAAGAGAAGUGGAGGAAAAAACUGCUCAAAGGUCUGGAUGAACCGGAAAACAGCCUGGAUACGGAAGAAGCUCUGAAGCCCGUAGGGUCUCCCUCCACGCCCCAACGGGAGUCAGAGUCGGCCCCUGCCGUCCAGAAAGAUCUCGCCAUAAAAAAACCAUCAGGAGAAAACCCAGAAGCUGAUGAAGACGAGCCAGAGGAAGACACGAUGGAGCUGGAACUGGCUCUGGAGAGAAAGAAGGCAGAGCUGCGGGCGCUGGAGGAGGGCGACGCCAGCGCAGGAGGCUCCAGCCCGUGUUCCGAGGCCAGCCAGGAGGCGGCCGGGUCCAAAGGCGUUCUGCUGAAGAAGAACCGCUGGAAGAGCGUCUUCCCCUCCGCUGCCAGCCCGGACUCCAACAGCAGGAGCUCCGACGUGCCGGACGGCACAGAGACAGCUCCGCCUAAAGUUUUAGAAGGUCUUGUGGAAGAAGAGAAGGAAUCCGACGGUUCUGAAGACAAAACCGCCUCCAAACCUUCCAUAAAAGAGGAGGUUGAAACGCCGGAGCUGAAGUUUCAGAUCGGAGAACUGGCUAACACUUUGACCAGCAAGAUGGAGUUUCUGGGGAUUAACAAGAAGACCAUUUCAAACUUCCACCUGCUGCUGCUGCAAACUGAGACUCGUAUCGCUGACUGGAGGGAGGGCGCUCUGAAUGGGGUCUAUCUUCGCCGCAGGCUGCAGGAAGCUGCGGAACACAUAAAAUAUUAUGAACUUAACGCCACUCCUAAAGGCUGGUCCUGCCACUGGGACAGAGAGCACAGACGCUAUUUCUAUGUGAGGGACCGGACCGGCGCCUCCCAGUGGGAGUUCCCAACGGAGGAGGACAAGGAGGAGGACGCCGCCCCAACGCAGACACCGGGGGACGCCAAACCGCCCGAACCAGCGGCUGUUCCUGCAGAACCUCCCGCUUUUCCUGCUACCGAUCCUCCUCCGCCUCCUCAGCCCGCCACGACCGCCUUCUGGUCCCCGUCCCAGCCGCCACUGCCCAGCAGCCCCCCUCCACCCUCCCGCUACCCCCCUCCUCCGCCUCUCCCCCCAGACUCCCCGCCUCCCCCUCCUCCCCCUCCAGACAGCGAUGGAGAGAUCAUGGAGGUGGAGAUGGAGAUGGACGACGAGAACGACGAGGAGCCCCCGGCGCCCGGAACGGAGGAAGACGGGAGGUCUCUGCUGGUGUGCGGUGCCGCCGGCCUGAAGGACAUGGACCUGAGUCCUCUGGGGAGGGGGCAGAAACGUAAAGCGGGGCAGAUGGGUAAAUCCAUCACCAUCGGCAGCAGUCCCAUCCUCUACACGCAGCCAGUUCCUAGUGCAGUGCCUCUGAUUCCUGCCACGGCCUACUGGGGUGUGCCGGCCAUCGCCGCACCUCUGCUCCCCUGUGAGCCUCCUCUUCCUCCUGUCCCGGCUUUACCUCCUCAGCCACCACUGCCUCCAUCCAAUCCACCCUUUGAACUUCCUGGACCAAAAGCACCGCCGGUAGAAAAGAUCAAGAAACCAAAGAAGGAAAAGACCAAGAAGAGUAAAACCAAAAUGCCUUCGCUGGUGAAGAAGUGGCAGAGCAUCCAGAAGGAGCUGGACGAAGAGGAGAAGAGCAGCUCCAGCGAUGAAGACCGAGAUCUGCUCAACAAGAAGAGCAUCGAGGAGUGGAAGCAUCAGCAGCUGCUGACGGGGAAAGCUUCGAAGAACGCAAACUUUGAGGCUCUGCCUGAAGAUUGGCGGGAACGCCUCAAGAAACGGAAGACGAACAUCACGUAACGGAGACACCGCUCUGCUGUCACGUACAACCGUCAUCAUUUAGUCUAGAGAAGCAGCGGCUGCGUCGUGGGGGGUUUUGGAUGUAGAUGUGCCAAAAGUCGGGUUCCCUUUUGUUUUAUGGUUUUGUACAAACACGUGGAGACGUGCACGGCCUGCUGCUCUGCAGGGAGCUUUAUUUUAUGGAGCAUUUUUACAGACAUGUACAGAAAUGAAACUUCGGGUGGAAAAGGGAGAAAAUGUUCUUGAACUUGUAUAUUUUGUAUAAAGUUAUUAAAAAAAAUUCCAAA